AUGAGUAACCUCACCUGCGCCACCUCUGAUGAUAUCAGCUAUGUGGGCAAUGCAAACUUCCUAAUUUCCCAAUUUAUAGACUUAAUUGCCGUCCUAAUUACCUUCCUCUCUUCUCUAUUGGCUAUUCAUGCAGUGCUCAACAAGUCAAUCUUUACGAUAUCCACAAAGAUUCUAUUGAUUCAAAUUUUGAUCUACGCAAAUAUCCAUCAAGUUUCCUAUUCUAUAGAGUCUGUGGAGUUGAUUUAUAAAACUUUAUUCAUGUUGGACGAGCCUUGUGAAAUAAUGCAACGGGAAGACCACUGUGCACCGUACCUAGAAAUAAUGCUGGCAGGUACCAGUGGUAUGAUCUACGGACAUACGGCGUUGAUGCUUGAACGUCUAUUCGCCACGUUUUAUGAUAAGAAACCAUCGAUCGGAGCCAUUCUAUCAGUCGUUCUAUUCAUUUCUAGCGCCUCCACAGGCCGUCUGAUUAUCUGGAAUGAUCCGUUAAAGGGUUAUGUCAUUGCAUGUUUUGUGUUCCCUGCGAAGACAUGGGACCGCUCGAAUUGGUACUUUACGGUUUGUACGGCACUCGGGCUGUUCAAUUUGGUGGUGUGCGUGGCGGUGAUGCGGUAUAAUAAGAAGUGGGAGUAUGAAACCCGCUUCAAAGUGCGUGAGCGAUUCCAAAAACGAGAGGUGAUCGACUCGACUGAAACGAUAUGUUUUCUGACACUAGUGGAAUUUAUAUUCAUGUUUAUUUAUUCAAUUGGUAUCAUGGUAUUGUUGAAUUUAUGGAGAAGGAAGGCGAUCGAUCCGGCUCAAUUCAAUUUUUGGAUCGUAUGGUUUUAUACAAUCCCAUUCGCCGCUUGUGUCUUCCCCCUCCUUCUUAUCCAUCGUAUCAACACGACUCGUCAGAUCCGGUCGAAGAAGAUAACGGAUAUAACAAAGACUAAACAGUCACAAGAUGGACACAUUAAUCAGAUGAAGAAUAUGUGGAAUUAA